CCCUUCUACCUCUGGCAGGGGGGUCGGGGAUCGAGACCCGGCUGGACAAUGGUCAAGCGUGGCGAGGUUUAGACCCUAGUGGUCAGUCGAUGCUCAACUUCAACUUGUUUUCAUCUUCGCGAAGCUCGCGUGAGCUCUUCGCGUGUAACGAUGUCAGUGACAAAGAUGGCGUCGACAGUCCCGUGUAUGACCACAUGCACCUGCCUGGUCAGGGGAAGAAGAAAAAGAAGAAGAGACGUCACAGGACCAUCUUCACCAGCUACCAACUAGACGAGCUAGAGAAAGCCUUUAAAGACGCCCACUACCCGGAUGUACAGACUAGGGAGAUCCUGGCUAUGAAGACAAGUUUACCUGAGGACAGGAUACAGGUGUGGUUCCAGAACCGCCGUGCCAAGUGGAGAAAGACAGAGAAGACCUGGGGCCGGAGUUCCAUCAUGGCGGAGUAUGGCCUGUAUGGCGCCAUGGUCAGACACUCACUGCCACUCCCGGAGACCAUCGUCAAGAGCGCCAAAGAGGGAGUUCUGGAGUCAUCGGCGCCCUGGCUUUUGAGCAUGUACCGUAAGUCCAUCGAGAGCACGGGAUCGAAAUCCAACGACACCAACACAGACAGCCAGGACCCGGACCAGGACCGAGGCUCCGGCGGGGAGCAGGAGGGGAGGAAACCCGAGGACUUCCGGUCUGAGAGUAUCGCCGCUCUCAGAGCGCGCGCCAUGGAGUACACAGCCAAGAAUUUCCCGCCAUCUUCGGAUGCCGGCGAUGACGUCAUAGACAGCGAUGACAUGUCAUCGGAUGACGAAAGAAGCUGUGACUCGAACGCGUCACACUCCCUUCACAAGGACAUGACGUCACUCGACGAAAAAACGUCAUCGGUGUAUAAUAGUAUACCGUCAUCAAAAUCUGGUCACCUCGCUAACACCGACGCUAGCAAUGACCUAGAACCUUCCACGAGAACCCCCGAGAGCUAUAAACCAGCGCACGUGUUACCAAACAACAAGAAGGCACCCCGCGAUUCCAGACUGGAGAGAAACUUAUCCAGCCCCGCCUCGCCCCUGCUCUCAUACAAAGAGACUCACACUUCCGGCAACAAAACCUACAGCCCAGUUCACGCUUCAGUUGAUAACUCAAGGUCAUCGAACAAGGUCACGAGCGGCCGUCAAGACAACCAUGUUUUAAGUACUCACCCCAGCAAGUCACCUAUGAGUCAGUUUGGUAACACCUACCUGUACCCGCCCCGCUCUAGCCCGGGCCGAAGCUCGUCACGCGCCAAUCUAAUGAGCACCACCAGCCUCUUCCCCUCCCCCUACAGCUACCUGGGCGGGCAGUUCAGCCCGACCAACACGACCAGCAGCUCCCCCCUCCCCAACAAGUCCCUGCACCUGCCCCUCAACUUCUCCAACCCCGGCUGGGGCAACCCGUUUUCCAGCAUCUUCCCCAGGUUGGGCCAGGACCAGCUGAAGGCCAACCCGUUCUUGAACACGUACGGCUUCAGCCAGCUGGACAAAGCCUCGCUCCACGGCUACAGGAGUCCUCUGACGUCAGGCGGGGGUCAGAUGGUCGCCCCUGAUGGUGAGGACCCGUCCAUGGGGGUCAACUCUGUCAUCGCUCUGUGA